AUGACAGAGCAUACUCUUCUGUUUAGAUCAGGCGUAACUUCUACUACUACUUCCGAAAUACUAACAACAACAACAACAACAACCACAACAACAACAACCACAACAACAACAACCACAACAACAACAACCACAACAACAACCACAACAACAACAACCACAACAACGACAACAACAAUAACAACAACAACAACUGCAGUCUGUGUUUUCUCUAACCAGUCGCAAUGGAAUCAAAAUGGUACAACUGUAGCUGGCAUGUCAGGUGUCAAUGGCUCUAGUCUUUCUCAAUUAUAUAAUCCAGUUGGAUUGCAUCUUGACACGUUAAACAAUAUAAUGUAUAUUGCUGACCAAAAUAAUUAUCGUGUCUUAAAAUGGCCCGUAGGUAGCUCAACAGGUACAAUUUUCGCUGGUAAUGGAAUGCCCAGUGCAUGUGAUUCCGCUAAUCAGUUUCUAAGUGUUGCUGGUGUAGCAAAGGCUAGUUCUGGUAACGUUUAUGUAUCGGAUAAUCAAUGCGCAACAGUAUUCCAAUUUCCUCCAAAUUCAAAUUCAACUACAAAUGGUACCAUCGAACUAAAUGACCUUGGUUAUCCGGAGCUGAUUUUUCUCGAUCCAUCGACAAAUGAUAUAUAUGUAACCUUGUCUGGUGACACACGAGUACUAAAAGCGGCAGACAAUAAUCAAACUAGUGUAAUUGCAGCAGGUUAG